CACGAGGCGGCCGCUACCAGCCCCAGUUUGACACAGAAAAGGAGAUGCUGACAUACCUAGAGCUGAUGAAGAAGAAGGUGGGUACGAUGUACCACCCAGAUGAGCCCACACUGAUGGCAGCGGAGCCCACACUGAGGGAUGAGGUGAUGCACUUGAUCAGGAGAGGUUGGUGGCAGCAUUUAUUUUUCGGCAUCCAAGAGCCGACCUUCAAGGAAGUCACGUGUGAGGUGUUAGCCACAAUUGAGCUCCCAAAGCUCAUACCGGAGAGGGACUAUCUCAAACGGGGAAUAAGGUUCCAAGCCUUUGAAGACAAGCUGGAUACUUCGCUUAGUCAGAUUGAGAGCUAUUUGGGUUUUGAUGAUGUUGAGGUUGGACAACGAGACGAGAUUGGCCUUUGUGACCUCCCCCCGCAUGUGAACAGACAGGCCUUUUGGGAAUCGAUUAGUAGAGGGGGCAAGACUUAUAAGCCCCGGGAGACCCCAGCCACACUUCUUUAUCCCCAGAAGUUCCGAGUUAUCCACGCCAUACUUGCUUCUACAGUGACCGGGAGGGCUGAGGUUGGGGCCAAGGUUUCUACCACUGACUUGUUAUGCCUCUACUGCAUGGUUCAUGACAGGAAGCCCUGCAUGGGCUCUAUCAUAGCUAGCCUCUUCCAUCGCCAAUCCACAAACCACAUUCAGGCCCUAUAUUCCGGUCCAUACAUUACACGUCUUCUGCGAGGGAUGGACUAUGGAGAUCAGUUCCGAAAUAUGGAGGUUUCUUCUAGUUUUCUUCCGCUCACCAUACUUCCGUCCAUGAAUACCGGACUUGGGGCUAGACUUCAGCGGGAGGCUGACCGCGCAGCAGCAGGAGGAGGAGGACAGCAGGUAGAUGAUGAUGCUGAUGAUGAUGACCAUGAUGACGAUGAUGAUGAUGUGGAGAUGGAGGCAGCUGCUCACGAGGCCCCAUACGAUGCACCCCCCUACGGCACAGAUUUUCCGGAUUCUUGGGCAGGGAUGCAUGCGCAUCAGGAUGCCGUCUAUCGGCAGUUGUCCGCUGAGCAGCAUGAGCGGUUCGAUCAGAUGCGCUUCGAGCAGCAGGACUUCUAUAGAGAGAUGAGGGAGGACCAGACACUCCAUUAUUCACAGCUUCAGUCUCAAUACACCCGGAUUGAUGAGAGACUCACCUCUAUGGAGUCUAGCUGGAGUUCAUUCUUCGAUGACUAUCCACCGCCACCCCCUCCUGAGUUUUAGAUUUUAUUAGAUUGUCCUCUGCUAGCAUCUGUAUCAUUAUACUGUUGGAUGACUGUACCUUAAACACUAUCACACUCACACUCUCACU